AUGAUAACUCGUAGUCAGAGAGCUGAGACAAUGGAGGUUAACAUGUGCCGCCGAGACAUUAACCAAAGAUGGGGAAUCACAAUCAAAGACAAUUUCGGAGAAACAGUUGUCACGAGAUUGACGCCUGGCUCACUCGCCGCCAAUUGCGGACUAGAGCUCUACGAUGUCAUCACCCAUGUCAACGGAACGAAUGUGAAGACGCACUCGAAAAAUCUCGUCUUAGAAAUGCUUCGUGAAACAAAUGUCCUUUCGAUAAAAAUCUAUCGCGGACCAGCAUCGAAAAAACCACCUGUAGGGGACAUUCCCGUCUAUCCAUGGCCCGGUGAGGAUCAAAAUGGGAAUCUGGAGAAGCCGAAAAUUGGUUUCAACGCCAAAACGAAGGAAGCGAAAGCUUCCAAAAGCUCCGAUGGAAGAAUAUCGAAACGAGGUCGACCGAAGGGUACCAAAAACAAAAAAAAGGGGCCGAAGGUCAAAAUUGUCAAGAAAAACAACCCACCGAGGAAUCAAGACUCAUCGAUUCUGGACUUGUUGGAGUUAACAUCUGACGAAGAAGAUCGGGCAAGUAUCGAAGAUGAGCUCAACGAUGAUGUUUCAAUCGAUCUUCAAGUAGAAGGCUCACCAACGUCUUCACAAAGGGCAAGAUCCAGAGAGAGAACAACUUCGCAAUCAAGCAGUCGGAAUCACAAGAAGAAAUCCAGAAAAUCCGACGGGGUAUUCAUGCCACUCAUUCCAUUCGAUAAUGGCGAGGACCCGUACGAAUGGGACAAUCCCUACAAAACAAUGGGAAAGAACAGCGGGGCGGCAAUCAAUUUAACUCAAAAUUCAACGGAGAAAAACUCGAAGGCAGGUACGAAUCCGUUGGAUCUUUUGGGAGAUGUUGCCAAUUUGGAGCUUGAAAAAAUGGGAAAAGAAAAUGAAGAAGAUCAAAUUAAAGCUCUGAAAAACAGUUUAUUGGAGCAAGAAAUCGUCAUUGACGAAUUAAAAGAAGCUCGGCUUGCAGAGCAGCAACAAAUUAAGGACUUGCAGGCGGACAAUAAACGCCUUUCGAGAGCUCUUAAAGCUCUACAAGGAGUAAAAGACACAAAUUCCAAGAAAGUUCAAGACGAUCUGAAUCGAGAAAAGGAGAAAAUCAGCAGCUUCGGAUAA